AUUUUCCUCCUUUAAUUCCAAUUUUUCCCCCCUCCUCCGAGUCAUGCCCUCAGCCAAAAUGGCGCCGGCGCCUUCCCGCCCUUUUCCCCCUUCCCGCUCUGCGCAUGCGCCGCCGCCAUUUCGCGCCCUUUUCCCUCCCUCACUCCGCCCUCAACCAAAAUGGCGCCGGCGCCUUCGCGCCUCCCCUCAGCGCUUCCUGCGCAUGCGCAGCCGCCAUUUCGCGCCUCCGCUUGGCUUUGCCCUCAACCAAGAUGGCGCCCGGCCGCCCUCACCGCCGCCAUUUUGUGGCCACCCCCCCCACUCCCCUCAGCCGCCCUCAUCCAAGAUGGCGCUGGCCAGCGUCCUCCGCUCGGAGCUGCCGGAGUUUUCCAAAGGUUUCCCGGGAUAUUCCAAAGGUUUUCCAGAAGAUUCUGAGGCGAUCCCGGAGAUUCUGAGGGAUCCUCCCGGGCCUCCGCGGGUUUUGGCGGCUCCGCCGUGCGGGGUUCAGGCGGUGUUGGAUGGGCCCGGCUUUGAGAUGCUGCACGGAACGACCACUCUGGCUUUUAAGACGCCGUUCGGUGUCACCGUAGCCGUGGACUCGCGCGCCACGGCGGGCUCGUACAUCGCGUCGCAGUCGGUGCGGAAGGCGCUGGGCAUCACGCGCCACAUCCUGGGCACGCUGGCGGGCGGCGCCGCCGACUGCAGCUUCUGGCAGCGUUUGGUGGCGCGGCAGAGCCGGGUCCAGGAGCUCCGCAACAAGGAGCCCGUGUCGGUGGCCGCCGCCUCCAAACUGCUGGCCAACCUCGUCUACCAGUACAAGGGCACGGGGCUGAGCCUGGGCACCAUGGUGUGCGGCUGGGACAAGCGCGGGCCAGGUCUGUACUACGUGGACAGCGAGGGCCAGCGUGUGGCCGGCUCGGCGUUCGCCGUGGGCUCGGGCUCCUCGUACGCCUACGGCGUCCUGGACCGGGGGCUGGCGGAGCCGGUGGCCAGCGAGGAGCAGGCACUAGCCCUGGCUCGCCGCGCCAUCUUCCAGGCGGCCACGCGCGACGCCUACUCCGGGGGCAGCGUCAGGGUGCUGCAGGUGGGACCCCAGGGAUGGAGACAGGUGAGCUGCGACUGCGUGGCACAGCUGCAGGAACAGUACGGGAAAUGAGCCAGAAAAUGGGGCAAAAAAACGGGAUUUUGGGCAAAAAUAAAGUGGAAUUUAUGUG